AUGGAUGUUAGUACGUGGAAGAUCGGUGAAAGAAAAAAGUGGGAGUUGACUAUGAACGUAGAGGUCAUGGGAUUCAGUGACGGAUCCAAACUACAAUUUCCUCCUUCCUUCCAACUUCCAACAAGUCCAAAUGCUCAAGACCAAACCAGAGCCCUUGAAAGGUUUUGCAUCGAAAAAACUGAAAUGGGAACUUGGAAUUCUUGGACCACCAAAUCAGGGAAGUAA